UGGACCUGGACAAACUCCUUUUAUAAUGGAGUAUAAUGAUGCAUUAGAUGCCAGCCUUGAACCAGGCUGCUACCAAUGAUAUGCUUAUAUUCACGAGCAAGAGGAUACAUUCUGAUCACAGUGUAAGCUCAGCUACUGAAAGAGAUGCACCCCUGAUCACUGAGCCGAAGGGAAGUGUACUAGUAAAUAAAUCUAUCGAAGAUCUUGUGUGAACGAAUGCCAAAAAUUGCCACCUUUUCAAGCCAUUUUUUGAAACAUUAAUGUUAGCAAAAGUUGAAUGAAUCAAUGCCAGAAAGGAGAUCAGAGAGUUAGAAGCUUCAAAAAGGAAAAUUAAAGAAGCUAAGCUAAAAAGUCUUAAGGUACUACCAGCUCCUCAGGUCAAGCUGGAAGUAAGCUAUUCCAACCUGUUAGACAAGGAUGAUCCUGAAAUGAAGAGAAUUGUUGAAGAAUAUCUCGAGAACGUCAACAAAAUGGGAGGGCAGCUACAGCAAGAAAGAUUGAGACAGAUGAAAAACUGCCAGCACCAAUUUGACAAGAAAUUAUCAAUUCUGUCUGAGAAGCAGGAUGAGUUUAAACAAAAAUAUUCAAAACUGUUUAUGGAUUAUUUAGAGAAGCAUUCUGCUACAGUCAGAGUACUCGAGCAAUCAGAAACCUCCACUGAAAAUGAAACCGAUUAUUCAGAGAUUGAGAGACUCUUUGCAGGAGGUGAAGAAGCUAAGACUCAGGAUGAAAGUGACCUCGACAAUGAUCCAUUGGAUCUUGGAGAAAUCCAGCUGCAUGAAAAGUCUAAUCCUGAAGACAUAUCUCCUCAAGUGCAGCUUUGUGACGAAGGAGGCUCAAAUUCUGGUGAAAAUUCUGAAAAUUGACCUUAAUCAGAUAAGCACUUAAGCCAUUUGAACUUCUCAUAGAUUUUUUAAUAGCAAUAUUGAACGC